CCGAAUCUACAGCUCGUCUGGAGGAGGAAAUCGGAGAGGAGGAAGGAGAGGCUCGUCGAAUCCCUAAAGCCUCUCUCUCCUCCUCAUCCUUCCCCUCCUCUUAGAUCGAUCCCUAGCCUCACCCGGAUCCGGGAUCCGUGAUUCGGGAUCCGGGGUUUUUUUGGAUCGUGAUCGGGAUGGCGGCCUCGCGACGCCUCCGCGAACUCCAGACGCAGCCGGGGAACAAGACAUGCGUCGACUGCGCCCAGAAGAACCCGCAGUGGGCUUCCGUCUCCUACGGCGUCUUCAUGUGCCUCGAGUGCUCCGGCAAGCACCGUGGCCUCGGUGUCCACAUCAGCUUCGUCCGUUCCGUCACCAUGGACUCGUGGUCCGAGAUCCAACUCAAGAAGAUGGAGGCCGGCGGGAACGACCGCCUCAACGCCUUCGUCGCCCGCUACGGCGUCCCUAAGGAGACCGACAUCGUCGCCAAGUACAACACCCGGGCUGCUGCUGUCUACCGCGACCGCAUCCAGGCGCUCGCCGAGGGCCGCCCGUGGCAGGACCCUCCGGUCGUCAAGGAAACGCUCGGUUCUGGGGCCAGAAAGCCGCCGUUGGGACGGAGCGGUGGGAAAGGAGGGAACACGUCGAGCAACGGUGGUUGGGAUAGUUGGGACAAUGAUGACUUCCAGUCCGCGUCUUUUCCUGAUAUGAGGAGGAAUCAGUCGGCGGGUGAUUUUAGGGCUGGUAGCGGCGGUGGGGUUGGAGGGGUGCAGCAGCCGCCCAGAUCUAGAUCGACGGAGGAUAUUUACACCAGGGCGCAGCUGGAGGUAUCGGCGGAUAACAAGGAGAGCUUUUUUGCAAGGAAAAUGCUGGAAAAUGAUUCUCGGCCUGAAGGAAUCCCACCAUCGCAGGGGGGAAAAUAUGUGGGAUUUGGGUCGACGCCACCUCCUUCUCAAAGGAACAAUUCGCAGGGUGAUGCGCUCCGAGAUACAGUUUCAGUUGUUUCUCAGGGCCUUGGUCGACUAUCUUUUGUUGCAAGCUCUGCUGCACAGUCUGCCGCUAACGUUGUCCAUGCAGGCACAAAGGAGCUGACUUCAAAGAUGAAAGAGGCAGGAUAUGAUCAUAAAGUCAAUGAAACUGUGAGUGUGGUUACAACAAAAACCACCGAGAUUGGGCAGAAGACAUGGGGAAUCAUGAAAGGUGUUAUGGCAAUGGCAUCACAAAAAGUUGAGGAAUACACCAAAGAAGGGAUCAAUUGGAAGACUGAUGAUUCGUCAUGGAAAGAGAGUGAGAAAAAUAGUUUCUAUCAAAAAUUUAGUCAGGACAACAAUGGUUGGAAUUCCUCUCAAGAAAAUUCAAACAAAAAUUACAAUUCCGUCGGCUCGUGGGAUGACUGGGAUGAGAAAGAAACGAAAGAACAACCUAGGAAGGGCACACAGAAUGGUGAAAGCUGGGCAGGCUGGGAUGAUGAUGUGAAAGAUGAUGAUGGCAAUGAUAAUUAUAAUUACACUUGGUCUAACAAGGUUGGCAAUCAAAAUGGAAAAUCUGGUUCGUCAUGGACGGAUGGUGGUUUCCUUUGAGGUUCAUCUGUUCUUUCUAUCCCAAUCUCCUCUUUGGUAUAUACAGGAUAUGCAAAAAAAAGGAAUGCAUUUAUAUAAGUUUUAUGUUCUUUAUAAAUUGGAUUAAUUACCCAAAUCUUAAUUUUCUUUCUCUAGAAACUGUCUGCAUUUUGUACUUUUUCUGCAACAUUGACAAUUGAUUUUGUCUUUAUAUCACAAUUUAAAGAUUUGGUUGUGUAAGAAAUAAGCAUAUUUAAGUUUUA